GAGCCCGUCAGCCAAUCCGAGCAGAGGCCGUGGCGGCGUCACGGGUCGCGCUCCGGCCGGUAGCUCCGGAAGCGGCGAGGCACGGUUGGAGUAACGCCAUCGCGUCCCUCUCCGGCGCCGAGAGGCUAGCUUUCAGACCUGUCAUUUCCCUGAAAUUUCACCUUGGUCAUCAGUGGUUGCUCAUCAAAACAGAGCGACGAUGCGGGUGUGCUGGCUGGUGAGGCAGGACAGCCGGCACCAGCGAAUCAGACUUCCGCAUUUGGAAGCAGUUGUGAUUGGACGCAGCCCAGAGACCAAGAUUACUGACAAGAAAUGUUCUCGACAGCAAGUGCAGUUGAAAGCAGAAUGUGAAAAAGGAUAUGUGAAGGUGAAGCAGGUAGGGGUCAAUCCCACCAGCAUUGACUCAGUCGUCAUUGGGAAGAACCAAGAGGUGGAGCUGUACCCUGGCCAGGUUCUACGCAUGGUGAAUGAACGUUAUCCAUAUGUUGUAGAGUUUGAGGAAGAGGCAAAGAGCUCUGGACCAAAAGCACACAGGAAGAGAAAGAGAUCAGGCAACAAUGAUUCUGUUGAAAGGGAUGCUGUCCAGGAAGCUGAUCCUGGCGCAGGGCUCGAACCUGAGAACAGUCCUAGCCAUGGCUCUGUGCCCCCCAAAAAGAGCAAGGUGAAGGAUAAAUCUACCAAGAAGGAUUCACUGGGCCACUGGAGUCAAGGCUUGAAGAUUUCAAUGCAGGAUCCCAAAAUGCAGGUGUACAAAGAUGAGCAAGUGGUAGUGAUUAAGGAUAAAUACCCCAAGGCCCGUUACCACUGGCUGGUCUUGCCGUGGACCUCCAUUUCCAGUCUGAAGGCUGUGACCAGUGAACACCUUGAACUCCUCAAGCAUAUGCAUACCGUGGGAGAAAAGAUGAUUGCAGAUUUUGCAGGGUCCAGUAAGCUCCGAUUCCGACUGGGCUACCAUGCCAUUCCCAGCAUGAGCCAUGUACACCUUCAUGUGAUCAGCCAGGAUUUUGAUUCUCCUUGCCUGAAAAAUAAAAAACAUUGGAAUUCUUUUAAUACAGAAUAUUUCCUGGAAUCACAAGCUGUGAUCGAGAUGGUACAAGAGGCUGGCAAAGUGACUGUCCAGGAUGGCGCAGCGGAGCUCUUGAAGCUGCCCCUGCGCUGUCAUGAGUGCCAGCAGCUGCUGCCUUCCAUCCCUCAGCUGAAGGAGCACCUUGGGAAGCACUGGGCAAAGUAACUGCAGGGACUGAGCCUCUGCUGCGAGUGUGGUCGAUUGUGUGGAAUGAGCUGUGGGCACCUGCUCUGGGUGGCUUGUGCAUUAUUCAUUUCUUGGAUUAAAACAUGCAGUGUUUUUACAAAGCUUA